AUGGGAGAGCUUCUAUCUUCUAGUUACGAAGUGGGCAAGAGGCUUCUGCCGCAAGCUGUCGAUUAUUUGGGCGAAUUUCAUCCUCAAAAGCUAUUCGCCACUUAUCAUGGGGGUGGGGACGACUAUCAAACAGGGUGGAUAGACUUGAAUUUCGAUCAACUCGCAAAAGCGGUUGACUGGACUUCCUGGUGGAUUGAAAAGAUACUGGGGAAAAGUACGAACCUGGAAGUUGUUGCAUAUAUGGGCGCAAAGGAUGUGCGGUACAGUAUCUUUACCACCGCGAGCAUCAAAACGGGCCGCGCGAGUCUGCUACCCUCUCCUAGAGGCUCGAUUGAGGGCUUCGUGUACCUUAUCACGCAAAGCGGUUGCAAGGAUUUUUUCUUUAGCUCAGAACAGCAGACUAAAGUACGGGAGGUGAAAGCCCGUGUUAAAGACGUCCGGUUUUGGCAGACCCCAACAUUGGCAGAAAUGCUAGCGGGUCGGACUGUCCCGUAUCCCUUCUCAAAAACCUUUGAUGAAGCCGAAAAUGACUGGGCUAUUAUCAUUCACAGCUCUGGUUCCACAGGACUUCCAAAGCUUGUUCCAAUGACGAACGGGUAUCUUGCCGUUCAAGAUAGAUUUUCUCUCAUUCCAGAAAUGCCUGAUGGGCGUCGUGCCAUCUGGACAGUCAUGGCGCCAGACGAGCGGUGCUUAUGUAUCAACCCUCUGUUCCAUUUAAUGGGUUUAAACAUGUUGCAGGAAUCUAUAUUCCAUGGCAUUCCCACGAUACUAGGGCCUGAUCGACCUAUGACCGCGGAAAUACUAGCAGAUAUUCUCACUACUACUAAACCUACUAUAGGGAUUCUUCCUCCCUCACUUAUUGAGGACCUGAGCCGAUCUGAGGUAGGCAGAGUUGCACUUUCAUCUCUCCGAACAACUAUCACUGGCGGCGCCGCGCUCUCACAGGAUGUGGCGGCUCGCAUUUCGAAGCUUACUAGACUGGUAAGUGUCUACGGCGCUAGUGAGAUAGGGACUGUCGCAUGUUUGAUACCGAAAUCUAAGGAUGACUAUAACUAUCUCGAAUGGCAUCCGAAGUAUGGGAUAAUUAUGGACCCCGUCGACGAUGGCUUAUACGAGGCUGUUCUACGUCGGAGUUCUACUAGCGACUUUCAGGCUGUAUGGCACAGUUUUCCUGAGCUCCAAGAAUAUAGGACAAAUGACCUCUUUACUAAACACCCUGAACGAGAAGGUCUCUGGCUUUACACUGGCCGCAGGGAUGAUGUUAUUGUACUCAGUAAUGGGGAGAAGUUCAAUCCGAUCAACAUGGAAAAGUAUAUCGAGGAGCACCCUAGCGUUAAGCGAGCACUCGUCAUCGGACAGUCUAGAUUCCAAGCCGCAUUACUGGUAGAGCCGGACUGGGCGACAUUAGAUGACAAGCAAUCGGAAGAUGUCUUCAUUGACAAUAUCUGGGCGCACGUGGAAAUGGCCAACCUGCUUGUAGCGAGUCACGGCCGAAUCAUGAAAUCGCACAUAAGUUGCACCGCCCGAGACCUACCAUUUAAAACAACACCAAAAGGAAAUACUCAGCGCAAGGCGGUUUGUGAAGAGUAUGCCAAAAGGAUUGACGACAUCUAUACGCGAGGAGAAGUCAUCGAUAAUGCGGUCUUGCCAGAGCACGCAAGUGUGGAGCAGAUAGCAGACUUUGUUCUUCAAGUCGUUUCGGAGUCAUUGGAAGGCACUCCAAUCUCGCCCACAUCGGACUUAUUCUCUUCGGGACUCGAUUCAUUACAAACACAGCGUCUUGCUAAAGUUCUCCAAGGUACCAUCGUCAAAAUUGAUAGUAGCAAAAAGGAUGCCAUCACUGCAGCCACGCUCUACAAGAUACCUACAGCGUCAAAAAUUGCGAAGUUCAUCUAUGAUCUCCUUAAUGCUGAUGGUACAAGCGAUUCCAGCCCGACCGUUCAUGAAUCAAGUGCAUAUCAAGAGAAAGCGGUGGAUAGAUUGGUGCAGAAAUAUACUGCCAGUCUCCCCCGAGACCCAAUCAAUAUACCCACAUUUCCCAAGAAGAAUACUGUUAUCCUAACCGGGAGCACCGGUUUUCUGGGAAAUUAUUUACUUGAUCGGCUGCUUCGGGAUCCCCUUGUCGCACACAUAUAUUGCCUCAACCGAGCGGCUGAUGCCUUUGCUAGAACUAAGGCAAGUUUCGAACAGAAGGAGCUUGACUUUUCUCAGGAGGUACAAUCGAAAGUUAGUUUCUGGCAAGCUCAGUUCGGCGAGGAGAGGUUUGGUUUGGGUGAAAAGGAAUACGAUCUAAUACGACUUUCUACAACCCUUGUUAUCCAUAACGCCUGGAAAGUCGACUUCAAACACUCCCUGGAAUCAUUCGAGAGUACACACAUAUCUGGGGUACGCAGACUCAUCGACUUCUGUCUUGCAAGUCCACUUCACCCUCACCUGAAUUUUGUUUCCUCCGUAUCGACAAUCGGACGUUGGGAUUAUAAAAAUGGACCAUCAUGCCCUGAAUCUCCGCACAACACUAUUGAUAUUGUUGUUCCCUCAGGCUAUGGGUUGUCUAAAUAUACUGCGGAGCGUAUCUUCCAUGUCUCGGCUCAGCUAUGUGGUGUGCCAAGUACUAUCAUCCGAGUUGGACAAAUUGGAGGCCCAACCGUUGGGCCUGGUUAUUGGAACAAAACAGACUGGAUUCCAAUGCUCAUCAAGACGUCUCAGGCAAUAGCAGCGGUUCCAGACACGCUUUCAUAUAUGCCAGUCGACUUUGUUCCCGGUGACAUGGCUGCAAGUGUGGUUGUGGAAUUCGCUCAAGCGCGCCAAACUUCUCAGAAUGAAUCCCGGUGUGAAUUUUUUCACCUAAUCAACCCUACUCGUGUCACCUGGGAAAGUCUCUUACCAGCGAUACAUCGCCGCUUCGCGGCCAAGGUCGUCUCUUUUACCGAGUGGGUCGAUAAAGUGAAAUUAAUCAAGCUAACCGAUAAUGCAAUUUCUGAGACGCCCGCAGUUAAAUUGGUUGACUUUCUCGAAGGUCUAGAGUCAUUGAGAGAUUGGAAACAGCCGCCAUGGGAGACCUUGCGUGCCCAGAAAGCUAGCAAAACGUUGAGAGAUCUACCGCCAUUCAAUGCGGAUCUAAUGGCCUUAUAUUUGCGGCAGUGGAAUUUCUGA